GUGAGAAAUGUCAAAUUGAGUUUGUAGACGAUAUAAGCACAACUUUGGGAGAUUUCAAAAAGUACUUAGUUGCACACUGGCCAGCUGAACACACGAGUGCACCGCUGUAUAGUAAUCAAAUUAGACUGAUACAUUUUGGGAAGCUCUCAGAAGAUAAAGUACCCCUUAGAGAUUUCGCAAUUGCUGAUGAGAUAACUACAUUUCAUCUCUCACUCAAACCGCCAGAAUUAAAGACGAGAUCGAAGUGUUGCACAAUAAUUUAGAUGCAAUAUGGCACACUGGGAGACUAGCAUGACGGAUGAGGUACACAUCGAGGGCGUUUGCGAGGAGAUAAAGAUACCUUUGGAUAUCUACACAGAGUAUCAAAGAUGUAUCUCUCACUAUAUACCCAAUUUACUCACUUUUUGUUACCAGUCAUGAUCUCACACUACGCAAUGAUACAGAUAAGGUUAUAAUGGAGACGCCCUGGUCCAAAAUGCAAUACAUGCGCAGCUAUCGUAUUAUAAGUGCACUUGGUGGUGAUAUCUAAUUUCACCAGCUAAUCCACACUUUUAGAGCCUGUAAUCCCACUUGAUAAAAUGAGGAAUGUAUCUGUUCCAUUGUGUGAUGAGAUAGAUACAGAAGAUGGUUUAGUACAAGAACAAAGGCAGAUAAAAUCACCAGUAGAACCAUUACCAUCACUUCCGCUCUCAGAAAGACCUACUGACAAACAAUUCAAACCGCAAUAUCAAGAACGGUACACGGAAACUUCACUUGAGAGAAGAUCUCAGAUGACUAUUGAACAAUCCUUCGAGAUGUCUGCUUCACGUAAAAGACUGGGGAAGGAACACGUCGAGACACUCAAAAUCUGCAUUGAUGAUGGGGAAAAGACAAAGAACAGAAAUAAAGCUUCAAAUGAAUCCAAGCAAGUAUGCAAACCGGUGUUACCAGUCAAAAACGUUUCCAAACAAAGCACGAAGAAACGUAGAACACCAACAUUCUGGACAACAUUCAACAAAUUACCGAAGAUUGAAGCAAUAAAGACAGAAAGGCAGCCCAAUACGUCGAAGAACAGCUUAAUAAACCCAACUGACAAUGCUAUUGUCACACCAGAAAAGAAAGUCAGAAUGUUUGAACCUACGAGUCUCGAUUCUCACAAGGAGCAUGUAGAUCAGAUUGGAGGAAGUAAUAACGCUUGGAAGACUGCAAUUUUCUCAAACAAAUAUAGUGCUGGUAUACAAUAAAUGCAAAGGAUAUAUAAAAC